AACGUGAUAUCCACGUCAACAGCAAGUGUCUAUUGUAUUGAUCGCAUCAAUGUUAAAGGAUUCACACGCAUCGAUUUUUGUAUGUCAUCUCGGCGUCAUCGACGUGAACUCCUCUACAACACCGACGAACACGCGCAGAGACCGUUGGACACUGGACGACUCGGACAUGACGCACGUUGCAUUAACUGUCCUAGAGUUCGGAUUGUGAGGAUAUAUUGAUCCCGUUAUUCUUUUACGGAUAGUGAGACAAUGAGAAAUACCACUGACUGACGAGUGAUUAGCAAGAUAAUGCAAUUUGAUUCGGAUGCAUCUCUGAACAAACUCUAAGCAGCGAAUUACUGCAUUCACUCGAACGGGAGGAAGAACCCAGGACUAAAUACACCCGAAGAAUAGGUAGAUUGAUCCGGCCUUUAGAGUAUGGGGAACUCGGCGGGAGUCAAGGGUUCCCCGGCCUCGGUGACGAAGGAGUCCGACGACAGUCUGGCAGAGGCGACGCAUGAGUCUUUCUCCCGAAACAGUUUCACUUCCCCCGAGGUCUCCAUAGACCCCGACAUGUGCAGGGGACCCAGUGCUGACUGGAGCAUCCACGACCGCUUCACGAGACGCUUCCCCUGGUACACCUGUGAGAGGGCGUGGCCGCCGGCAUGGGACAGAGAUGCAGAAUUUGGCUACUCGUCUGACCAUCACAGGAUCGGGCUGCUAUUUGAAGAAGAAACAAUGAUGGAGGUUGACCCGUUACUGUUGGAGGAGCGCCUCCACGUCACUGGGGUCAACCUGCACAUCAAGGAGAAUACAGAGGCUCACCACACCAACAUGUACCAGUGUACGGGGGACCAGCGGAGACAUCCCGCCAGGAUGAAGCCAGAACUGGUUAUCCGUAGAGGACAGGAGUUUCUCAUGACCGUGCUCUUUGACCGACCCUGUGACCCUAAGCAGUCAGACCUCACCUUGACCUUUAAUCUCGGCGAGGACUACAAGCCCCACACGAAGCUUAGCUCCACAAUGAAGGUGAAGGUUGGGGCCAACGCUUCCUACAGCCGCACCAAGUGGGGGGCCACCUGUGUGGGUCAGGACGCCACCUCUCUCACCCUGGCGAUAUUCGUCCCCGCCCAUACACCUGUCGGGGAGUGGGAGUUCAGUAUCACGGCUGUCGUCGAGGCGAAGGAGGACUGUGAGGUCAUCUGGCAGUACACCCACAAUGAAGACGUCGCCAUCAUCUUCAACCCUUGGUGCAGAGAGGACGUGGUAUAUCUGGACGACGAGGACUGGAGGAAGGAGGCGGUCCUGAACGACUCAGGACCCCAGUACUCUGGAAGCGUCUCCAGGAUGGCGGCAUCAUCCUGGUUCUAUGGCCAGUUCGAGGACGGCAUCCUGGAGGUGGCCCUCCAUCUGGUCAGGAGGGCAUUCGGCUUCGAGGCGACACCCGCCAUGGGGAGUGCGGCCAGGGUAGUCAAGGCUCUCACACAAAUCGUAAACGCCCCCGACGACGACGGCGUGUUGAUGGGCAACUGGAGCGGCGAGUACGAGGGUGGGACGCGCCCCACCAAGUGGAACGGCAGCGUCAAGAUACUUCGUCAGUACAUGGACACGGCUAAACCUGUCAAGUACGGCCAGUGCUGGGUCUUUGCUGGUGUUCUGAUAACAGUGUGCCGGGCCCUUGGUAUCCCGUGUCGGGGCGUUACCAGCUACAACACCGCCCACAACAUGGACAUGACGAGCCUCGCCGUCGACUACGUCCAGAUGAAAAACGAGAGCGGAUACUGGUGUGAAAUCUCAGAUGACUCCGUCUGGUCCUAUCAUGUGUGGGGUGAGGUUUGGAUGAGGCGGCCUGAUCUGGACCCACGGGGAGAGUACGAUGGGUGGCAAGUGGUCGACCCUACCCCUCAGGAACGUAGUAAUGGUAUUUACACGUGCGGGCCGUGCCCUGUGAGAGCUGUGAAAGAGGGCGACGUUCGUGUAGACGAUGACGUCGGCUUCAUAUUUGCGGAGGUGAACGCUGACAGAGUGCAGUGGAGAGAGAAUCAGCUGACUGAGACGCUGGUGGAGUGUGGACGUAGCAAGAACUUCGCUGGGAAGGAGAUCAUCACCCAUCGGCCCACAGGGCGACCGUACCGCGGGGCCUCCAUCAGAAGCUAUGGUGGCCCCCAGAAGCUUGAGAGAUACGAUAUUACCCACACCUAUAAAUAUGAAGAAGGGUCGAAAAAGGAGGAGGUUGUUCUUCAGAAGAUGGAAAGGGCCUUCCAGAGACUCAGCGGUGUCAACAACAGCGACAUCUACAAUACCGACUACAUCACCAAGGGAACAGAUGACAUCAAAAUUGAAAUCGAAGAUAUCGGGGACGUCUUUGUUGGCCGCGAUUUUCAAUUUUCGGUACACGUUAAGAAUACCGGAAGUCAUAUGCGUUCUGUCAAAAGAUUGGUGCUGAAAGUCUUGUACAAGACCUACUUUGGUGCCAUCACUGGACAGGCUCAAGGAAAAGAGUUUGAAUCUUUUCAGGUCACACCCGGCCAAAGUGAGACAUUCAUCAUGAAAAUGGACUCCACUGUAUCUUGGAUACGUGAAAAGGACGACCUCCACUUCCACAUCAAGGCUGUGGCUGAGAUCGACGACGACGAAAACCCUGUCUCAGAACAGACGUCGUUCCUUCUGCGACAGCCCAAUAUUCGGCUCCUGGGUCCCACUUCCUGUCACGUGGAUGAUGACCUAGAUGUAACUGUGACCUUCACCAAUCCACUUCCGGUGACUCUCACAAACUGCCAGGUUGAUAUUGAAGGCAGUCUAAGUUGUGAGCAUACUACCCAGGACAUCUUCGCUAUACCAGAUAUCCCCUCGGGGUCUACGUGGAAAUCGGUGCUCCACAUGAAGCCUCAUCCCUACCCUCGGAGGAAGCAGAUGCGUGAUUUCAGCAUCGGCCUGGAGUCUACUCAACUGAGGAACAUCAUCGGCUACUACGCCGUGACUCUCACCGAAUAACAUGAACGACGACAAGGGCAUGUUUGUGUGACGUCUGAAGUCCAUGGCAUAAUACUUGACCCUGACGCCAUUAUAAUUAUACAAGGGCGCAUGUGUGACCAUGAUGAACAGACCACACACCCUAGUUACGUGUGAAUAUUACUAUGAUGGUGUAUAUACUCACCGCCAAAAGAAAACACGAACCCUAAAAACAUAUUGAGAGGUAUGUACGUUAAGAAGAAAUGUUUCCAAUGUGUGCCAAUUAAUGACAAAACUAACAUUCAGUCAAGUAUUACCACAGUGUCUUUAUUCUUAUCACGAUAUGCUGCACGUUAUUUCCAAACUUUACACGCUAGUCCUGCACGAGACAAAUGCGUCUCGUGUCAUGGAUCUAUGACGUCACAUGUGAUGCGUUCAUAAGCGUCGUUUCACGCAACAUGAAUGUUCGUUUGUGCAUGGGACCAAUCUAAUAUUUCUUAAAUAUGAGUACUUCUUCAUAUGUUUACCAACAUGUAUGGUAUUCUUUUGGCGGUGAGUGUAUAACGUUAUUUCGUUACUGUGAUAUAUAAAUAUCUGUAUAUUGCGUUACUGUUAGAUUUGAGUAAGGACUGAACUAUUCCAUUGCAAGGUGAACAGUUACGCCGCCAUAUAUGAAAAGCAUGUGCUUCAGACACCUCGAAGAAACGUCAGUUCAUUUUCACAAUGACACCUAAGGACAAGAAGACUGCAUUUAUGGACACCCCGUGUUCAUCCAUGGCUUUAAAUAGGUGUAAUAUACCUCAUCCGCAGUGUUAUCCUCUCAACAGACGUAAUCCUCUUCAUGUAAAUCAGACACCCGGAAGACCGCCUCCGUGGUCUAGUGGUAGAGCGUCCGCCCAGAGAGCGUAAGGUCCUGGGUUCGAUCCCCGGCCGCGUCAUACCAAAAGAAGUUAAAAGAUGGUACCUUUUGUUAC